GUCCUAUACCGGUGUGCUUUGAAUGUGCGUUCUGAUUUUGUUACGGUGACGUACACUCGUGAUUCCCAAUAUAUGGUUAUUGACUGAAAAUACUUUUCCAUAGGAAACAGUUAUCGAGCGCUUAAUUAAAAACUUAAGUUUCAAAUGAGUGCUAAAGCAUGACUCGCUCACGCUCCGCUCAUGAAGUCGACCGUUAGGUAGUUGCUGUGAAGCGACGGAGGCGCUGACUAACUAGGAUUUUAGCUCGCGAAUGUUCUUUAAUGUGCGAAGGAUGUUUUGGUGCCGUUAGAGGAUCGUUUGACAUGUGUAUAUGUAUAUAAUGAGUUGUUCUGAAGUUAUGUACCAGGCAUAUUAUCCGUACUUGUACCAGAGGGCGGGGGCUGCACCCCCCGUUUCGGCCCAUCCAGUGCCUAGAACUGGACCUUUCAGUUCACCUUUCGGAGCAGCACAUCAAUAUGAGAGGUUCAACGUCCAACGAUUACAAGACGCUCACACUCUGUCGUCACAGGCGGCGGCAAGCAGUGCGGCGUCGAGCGCCGCGACGGCGGCGUCGGUCGGCGCCGGAGGAAUUCUUGGGGAUACGCACCCCCUUGCCGCGCACCACCACCCCUUAUACCUGCAGGGUUCUGCCCAUUCCAGUGGCGGGUCUGUUAGUUCAACCGGAGGGGGCUCUCCAACAAGUCCUCUCAGGCCGGGCAAGGAAGAAGAGUGUAGCUUGCACGGAAGAAGUAGUACUGAAGAUCGUCAACCUGGCGUCGAAGAAGAUGACGAUUCACAGGAUCCAGGAAGUUCGAGGGCGCAGUAUGUUUCAGCCAAUUGUGUGGUAUUCACGCAUUAUCAGGGUGAUGCUGCAUCUGUGGUUGAUGAGCACUUUAAUAGAGCACUAGACAAGACUGCACCACACACGAAAGGGAGUUCUCCAAUGUCCGCCCGAAAUUUCCCCCCCUCCUUCUGGGACAGCCAACACUACAGCGGAGCAGGAGGAGGACACCAUGGCUCCUCCGCUGCAGACCUUUAUUCGGACCAUUAUCAUCCUGUGGAUGGAUGGUACCAAUACAGUCAGCACCAUCGUGCCGUGCACGAUUACCAUCAUCAUAACAUGGCCGCUCAGUAUGGUGGUUUACUCUUACCAGGAUCUCGACUUCAUAUGAGCUCACAUGCCCCUUGUAAAGGCAUGGACUGGCAGCAUCCCUCCAUUGAAUCUCCCUACUCAUCUUAUCCUACAAUGUCAGGGUUAGAAGCUCAAGUCCAGGAUUCAUCCAAAGAUCUGUACUGGUUUUGAAUCGAAUACACAUGGAGAAUGGGAAGUGAACUGUGUAUAGUUAAUUUUAAGUGCGACAAGUGAUUUUAAGUGUAAUAUAUCAAGUACAAACUUUUACUUUAUUUAUAGAGAAAAUCUCACGAAAUGAACUAAAAACGUUUAUUUAAAAUAAAUGUUCCUUAUUUUUAUCAGACUGUGCAUUGUCUGAUGCAAAGUUUGAUUGUAAGUAUUAAAGUUACAAGUUAAUAUUGAAA